UGCAAUAUCAUUCGGACAUGAGCUGCGAAGAGGAACUGGGAUGUGGAAAAAGAAAAAAAUGAAGUGCCUUGGCUUCUGAUUACAGCAGUGAGCAAGACACGACUGACGACUCGGGUGAUGACUCAAACUAUCGCCCUCCAAGGCCGCCAACACCACCUCAACUGGUAACAAACAUUGGUGGCUACGACUCAGCUGCUGCCCACGCGUCAUUCAAGAUGCCUGGACGACACCGAAAGAAACGCUCUGCAGGUAUUGUACAUCUUUUUCACUUCAACUUAAAAAUGUAAAAAAAAACUGACAUGGCAAAGUAUGCCAAGUAGAUUUUGAUUUAAGUUUCCAAUGUGUUGCCAAUCUGAAGCAUUAUUGUUGCAAGAAAGUAACCUUAAGUUCCCCUAUGUUAAUGCUAAAUACCAAAUCCUUUGUAUUCACUGUAAGCACGAUAUUGCUCUUGGCAAAGCAACUUGUGUAUGUUUCCUAACGCAACAUCACAAAGUAAAUUUGACUCAUUCGCCACAAGGAUGCACGCAACAGUUCAGUCGUGAUAUGUUAGUGCUGCUCACCACUUUUUAACGACACUUUUAUUGGACUUGUUCAAAUAUGCAUUUGUACUUUCCAGGACAGUCACCUUGCAUGCUUCCAGAGUUAUUUCUUUCUGGAGCUUGCAAUAAGGGUAAUUAAUGCAUGGUGUCACUCUCAAUUUCAGGCCCAUCUACCACUUCCUCAGGAUCAAGAACGGAUCCGCAAGUGCUUGGUAUGAUGUCAAUGUUUGACCUCUCAUGUUUGCUUUAAAUGGCGUGGUUGGUAGAUCUUGUCAACCAGAAUUUUGAGCAGUGUGACACAGCACACAGAUAAGACGCAUAGGAUGAAAUGCCGCCUGGGCUUGUUUUGUGUCAUGUGGCACUGUUCAACAUUCUGCUGUUUGUAAUGAGCGAUUUCUUGCCAGCAUACUUCUUCACUUUUUCAAUACACAUGCAUUGCUAAAUGAGGCACUGCUGACUUUCAAUAGUUCUGUAUGAGCAUCGCAGAUAUGUUGACAUAACUGAUCUUGAUGAGAAAAUAUUUUUUUCAGCCUUUAUGGAGAGGAUAUUGUCCACCCUUAAUACAAUUAAGGUUGUGCAACAGGCACACACACAGCUCUUGACAGAGCUGAAGAAUAAUGCUGAAGAAGCAUGCCCAGAGAACCAAAACCUUCCUGAUCAGCUGCCAUUUUUGACCACAAGAGAGAUGCUUGAUUGGGAUGCUGAACUUGGGGUGAACAAGGAAGCAAAGCUUCGAAUGAAAAGACACAUGGUUGUCCAAGGUGGUGACACCAUAAACCAGAAGACUGCACGCAUCCUAAAGAGUGUGAUGUCGUGGGAUGUGGCAAAACAAUUCAGUUGGUAUGGUGCAAAAGGCAAAAUGAAGUUUUGUGAGCUGAAUAUUUGCAAGCUACUGUGCACCUGCCUGAUAGAAAAUAUCAAGCAGAACCAGGAGGAGGCUACUCUAAAAAACAUAGAAAAAGCAGCCAUGUCUUGGUUCCGCCAUGCCGCAGAACGGGCAGCAGCAGGACAACAAAGGCAACUGAACAAAACUUCAGCACAGGACAACGACGCUCUCAUUUCUUGAGAAAGUGCACCUAAAUUACUGCUUAACUGUGAAAUAAAUACUUUUGGUGAUCACUUCCUGUUGUAUUUUUGUUUUUUUGGUUUCAGAAGUAAAUAGAUUUCACAUAACUGCCGUCCCAUAAAAGUGUGAAGCAGUUAACAAAAGAAAAAAAAGCUACAAGAGAUCCCAAUAACCUCC